AUCCUACUGUAUAGACGCGUUCUGAAUGAUCUGACUCUGUGUUUUCGAAUUCUGCGCUUAGAAACAAGACUCAAAGCUAGCAAGUUUUGGAUUUUCAGACCGUGCAGCGAACGAUCAGAUGUUAUGAGUACGUGCGCCAUCCACCAUUGUUCCAACCACCCUCCAUGCCUAGCCAAGCCGUUACCUAGUCAAGUCUUCGAUACCUGGUCGCGCCGCCCACUUUGUCGAGUCGCCAUACCUUGUCUGGUCGCUUACUCCUCCCCGAUUCGUGGUACCUCGUCAAGUCGCUCAUUCUUGGCCAAGUCGUAUAUACCUCGUCAACUCGUCAAGUCGCCCAUACCUCGCAAGCCCUCCAUACCUCGUCAAAUCUUCAACCCGGUCUACGUAGUAAGCGUAGUAAAUGCAUUUCGCUUCAUUUUUGGAUAGUCAAAUCAAAACAUUGAGUCAUUUUCCCUUCCCACCUAUCUAUUUUCGUUUUGUCACUGUUCCUAACUUAAACACCCUGCUUCACUAAUGAUCAUACUAGCUUGCCUUGUAUGUCAGGAUACAUGAUUCUACCUAAUGUCUUCCUAUUACAAUCAUACCUAAGUGCCCAGGUUACUUCCACUUAUGCCUUACUUCUAUGCCUUCUAGCAAGCCUUGCCUUAACUGGCACUUCAAUUUGGAGUCUUGCUAUCCUCCAAAACGUAUAUUCAUCUGGGUCUGUCAGCUAGUUUCCGCCCGUAAGCUCGCUGGCACCCAAAAAGGGUUUUCAGAUUACAUUUGGAGGAUGCAAGACUCUCCAGUCAUUCUUUGUUUCUCAAGCCAUUACACUCAUCAGGCAUUUGGAACAGUUUUCGCUAUAUCUUGUGGGCCUUAGGUUAGUGCAUUACCUUGUAAGUCCACCGUGUAU